GCCACAUCCUCCCUUCCAUUUCCAUCCAGUGUGGUUGUUUACAAAUUACAUUUAAAGGGUUUGACUUAAAACCAAAUUUCAGGAUCAGGACAAGGGGUUACCUCUGGUUACCAUGGAGGCCAAGCCAGAAGAUGACGUAGCCAAAGCAUCACCUGCUAAACCUGGAAAGCUGGAUAACCUUUCUAAGGAAGACCUUAUCAAGUUUGCCAAAAAGCAAGUGAUGAUGCUACAGAAAGUGAAAGCAAAAUGUGGAGAAUUAACCAAAAAGUGUGAAGAAUUGGAGCAGCAGAAAGGAGGACAAACAGAUGCAGAUAGCAAGUGUUUUACUGAGUUGCAGGCAGAAUUGAAAGAGCUGCAGACUACACAUGCAGAGCUUGUGGGUGUUUACAAUGCAGUACAAGAACAACAGGCAAUGGCAGCUAAUAAACAUCAGGCUCUAGAGGAUGCUUUGAAUGAAGCAGUAACAGAUAAAUCAAAACUUGAAGUGAAUUUGAAAGAAGAGAAGGAGAAAUACAAUACAUUAUUCAAGAAAAACAAGGAAUUAUCUGAGAGGUUGGAAUGCAUGGAAAUGAAGCAGGAGACAAUGACCUCAACAUUCCAGUGUCUUCAAGAGGAAGCCCAAGUAUUUUCCAAACAGAAUCAGGAACUUCAAGAGCAGAUCAAGGUUUUAACAGAGGCAAGAGAUCAGACAUUGAUAUCACUUAAAGAACUACAACAACAAAAAGCCUCAUCAUCUUCGAAUUCCAAGGAACUCAAAAAUCUCAUAUCUGAAUUAAAUGCAGAGAAUGAUGAUUUGAAAUCAGAAGUAGACACAUUGAAAGAAAAAUCAAAGACAGAGCUACAACAGCUUGAUGAAUUAAGAAAACACCUGAAGGUCAUAAUAGAAGAGAGUGGGAAUUUGAAAGAUUCUUUGAAAACAUCUAAUGAUGAACAAAAACAUUUGGAAGAAAAAAAUGCAGAAAUGUCAGGAGAGAUUACACAACUGAAGGAAUAUGGAGAGUCAAUGAAAGAAGAGCGGGAUAAUGUACAACAUUUUAUGCAGCAACGAGAGAAACAGCUUGAAGAUCUUACAAAUUCAAAGACAGAGUUAUCUGAGAAGCUAGAUAAGAUUACUUCAGAGAUUAGUUGUAUCAAAGAAAAUUGGAAAAGAGAAGAAGAAUUGAGAAUUGAAAGUGACAGAAAAAUCAAGCACCUAGAGGAAUGUGUUACUUCUUUAAAUAUGGAAAAACAAGAGCUUCAAAGUGAAUGUGAUCGGCUAAGAUCAGAAAAAACAGUCACCAUUAAAGAAGAAAAAGAAUUUGAAUUGAACAUGGAAGUAAUAGAAAAGAAGAACCAAGAGCUUGAGGAAAUUUUAGAAACUUUGAAGCAAGAUAAUGGUGUAAUAUCUAAAGAAUAUAGUGAACUAAAGUGCCAGUUUGAUGAAUUGUUAUCUGAAAAAGAACAGUUUUCAGAAAAGCAAAAUAAAUUAGAAGUAGAACUGGAAACAUUUAAAAAUGGAGAACAAAACCAAGAAUUCGAAAUGAAGGAAGAAAUUGUAACAUUAAAAAGAAAUCUUGAUGAAGUACAAAAAGACUUACAAACUAAAGAAACUCAACUUUCAGAAUUUAGCAAUAAAUUAAAAGAGUCUUUGAAUGACAAUUUAAAGGCAGAGGAAACUAUGUCAAAGAUUAUUUCAGAGAAAGAAAAACUAGAAGUAGAAUUGUCAAAAAUAUGUAACUCUAAAGAUGCUGCAGAUGGAGAAUUUCAGAAUGAAGUUACUGCUCUUAGAAGUGAGUUAGAAGACAAGACAGAUGAAAUACAGCGCCAGAGAGAAGAACUUGAAAAGCUUCAGGCUGAACUCAAUAGAUUUGCUACCAAUUUGAAAGCUGCAGAAGAAUCAAGAGCCAUCAUACAGAGCAAUUGUGAUGAAUUAAAGGUGGGGCAUGAUAAAGUAGUUGAGGAGUUAAAAGUUAAACAAUCUGAUUGUAAUUCUUUGCAGGAACAGGUUUCACUUGUAGAUGCUUUAAAAAAGGAAAAGGAUGAACUGGCUGAGAGCUUUUCCAAUAGUCAGGAGCAUGUGCAGAGGCUUGUAGAGCAGUUGAAAAUCAUCAAAAAUGCCCAUAUGGAUGGCAUGCAGAAGAGCUUUGCUAACGUGGAAGAAAUAAAGACAUUAAAGUCACAAAGAGAUGGGUUUAAAAAAGAUUUGGAAUGUUUAAAACAACAGGUAGAUGAAAUCCAAAAUGGGAAACAUGAACUAGAGAAGGAAUUAAAAGUGGCACUUGCUGAAAAAGAAAACUUUGAAGACAAUAUGGAAAAACAACUGCAUGGUAACAGUGAGUUGGUAUUAGAAAUUCAAAAUGUUAAAUCUGAGAGAGAUGAGGUUAAAUCACAAUUAGAAAAGAAGAGUGUUGAAAUUAAUGAUUUGACUCAGAAAUUACAAGCAGCUUCAGAAGAGUUGGAAAAUGAAAAGAUUCUUUUAACAGACCUACAGAAAGAAGUUGAUAAAUACAGCAGUGAAGUUGUUGAAAUGAAGACUAUUAGUGAGAAGAAGGACCACAAACUAUCUGACAUGCAUGAAGCAUUAACUCUUUUAAAAGAAUUAAAUGCUGACUUGCAAGCGAACCUUCAAAGUCUAACGGAGGAACUUGUAAAUGUUAAAAGCACGUUCAAAGAAUCAGUUUCUCAAAGAGAGAGCGAGACCAAAAAGUUAAGUUCGGAUUGUAGUAAAGUAAGUGCAGAGAAUAACAUUUUGAAUAAAAAGGUGUCUGAAUUUAAAAAUGAGAAUGAAUCGCUACAUUCAAAGGUUCAGGAACUAAGUUCUAAUAUUACUUCUGUAGCAGCUGAAAAAGAAAAGCUGCAAUCUGACUUAGUAGAAUUAAGUAAUAAGUAUGACAAAGUUUUGAAACAAAAUGAAGCUAUCGGUUGUUCUUCAGAAGAGGUCAAGACUGAACGGAGUGAGCUUGUUGGUAAAGUUGACAGUCUGCAAGGUGAGAAGAAUAAACUUGCUUCAAAUCUGGAGAGGUUGAAGAAGGAAGCUCAGGGAAAGAUUAACAAAUGGAAAACAAAAGUGGACGACAUCACAAAAGAGAAACAAGAAAUUGAGGCACAAGUUGAAGAGUUAAUUUCUGAUAGAAAUAACCUACGCACACAAUUGGAAAAAGUGGAAGUUAUUCAGAAGAAAAAGGAUGAAGACAUCAGUGAAUUGCAGAAGUCUUUCAAGAAUGUGGAAGAUAGUCUUAAAGAAAAUUUGGAAAAGCUAAAUACCAUGUCAUCUAAUCACCAGUCUCUUGAAACCUCCAAUAUGGAGGCCAUGAAUGCUCUAAAAAACUUGCAGCUUGAGAAGGAUCAGUUGUACCAGGACCUACAAGAAGCUUUGGCAGACCAGGAGCACUCAGUGAAUCAAGAACAGUGCCUCAGAAAAAACUUACAUGAAGCAAAAUCUAAAGUGGAACACACUGAAAUAAGAUUCAAAGAAGCAAGUGACAAGAUCACAGAGCUGUCAGAGAUGAUUGAAAGACAUUCUAAAGAGAAAGAUGAACUGAAUAUGGAAGUGCAGAAACUGAAAAGUGACUUGAAGAUGGCUUCAGAGGAAAAAGAAAAAGUUGCAGAGGCUUAUCAAACAACUUCUGCUAACCAGGGGGAUGGAGAGCAUAUAAAGGAAGAGCUUGAGGUAGCAAACAAGCAACUGAAAGAGAUGCAAGAAAAAGAAAAGAAACUGAAAAGUUUAGCAUUGAAGGGAAAGAAAGAAGCUGAAAGUAGGAAAAAUGAGGUCUUGAAAUUGACAGAAGAGAUUAAACAGUCUAACAGCAAGAAUGAGAAAUUGCAGGGUGAGCUUACAGCCUACCAGAGUACCCUUGAGAAGAUGAAGGAAAAACUAAGUAGUGGCCUACAACAGGCUGAAAAUUAUCAGAGUUUACAAAUAGAAUAUGAGAAGUUACAAGAUGUGAUUGAUGCUGAUAAAGAACAAGUUGAAAGUCUCAAGAAACAGUUGGAAGAAAACCAACAGGAUUUUAAGACUUUGGCUGAAGAAUGCUCCCAAGUAAAAGAAAUGAAAGAAGAGUUUCGAACCAAAUUUGAGAAAUCUGAAAAGGAUUGCAAGUUCCUGGAGAAGAGUCUAACUGAAAUGAAAUGCAUGAAGAUGACCGUAGAGGAUGACAGAGAUAAUGAACACAAACGUCUGGAAGAAAAGACUAAUGAACUCACCGAGGCAAGUUCCAAAAUUGAAUUGCUGGAAAAAACAUUAGCUGAGCAGAAGGAGAGACAUGAAGUUACCACAUCACAACUAACCAAAGCCCUGGAGGAGGCUAGUCAGAAUAGCAUGAUGGAUCUAGAAAUGGCAGACUAUGAGAGAACUGUUGAAAGUCUUAACUUGACGAUACAGGAGAAGGAGUCAAAGGUCAUUGACAUGUCAACCGAGAUAGCACGACUGGAGAAAAGGAUCGAGAGUAUGCAGAAAGAGCUUGAAGUAACCGAUAACCAACGUACUCAAGCUGACGAGCGAGCAAAUAAACUCAAGUCUAUGUUAGUUAAAACAAAGAAAGAUCUUUCAGAAUCGAAGAAAGUGGAAAAUGAUCAAAGAAGUAGUGAAGCAGCACUGCAGGGUCAACUUGAGGCCAUGACACAGAGUCAAGAGGAGUUGAAAGUUCAAAUUGCAGGGAUCAUGUCAGAAAACGUGAAGCUCCAAGACCAGUUGAAAACUUCAAGUAAUGCUAAUGUAAGAACUAUCAGUCGUUUGGAAAACAAAAUCUCAGCCUUAAAAGAGGAUUUAGAAACAUCACGGAUGGAGCAUAUCGCCUGCCAGGAAGAAUAUGAAGGCUAUAAGGCCAGAGUACAUACGGUUCUAAAGCAGCAGAAGAGCCGUGAAGCAUCACAUGCGAGUCUGGAGGCAGAGAGGGAAGAUAAGGAGCGGUUAACACAGGUCAUCCAGCAACUGAAGGAAAAGCUUCAAGAAACAAACGAUAAAUUCAAAUCAGCCAAUGAGGAGCUUGAGGCCCUUCAGGAUGAGCAUGAUCGGUUGCUACAGCGCCACAGUGACAUGGUAACUGACAUGCAGUACAAGGAAAGAGUUUGGAAAGAAAGAGUUGAGAAGCUGCGUGUUGAGAGUCAAUGUACCUUACAGGAACAGACAGAAACCAUUAAGCAGAUGGGUCAUCAAAAUGAAUCCAUUACUCAAACAUUCAAGGAUGAGAUUAGGAGGAUUCAGGAGGAACACAGUCGGACUAUGCGGGGUCUACAGGAACAGAUUGAAAGCCAAGAGAACCAGAUGUACAGGAUGCAGAAGGAACAGCAGCAGAUGCAGCAGCAGCAGGCAGUGAUGGCAAGACCAGUGAAGGACAACCAGGAUAUGAUGAUAGGUCCACGACCAGAGGAAAGAGAACAAGGAGAGGGAAUGGAGCAUCCAGAAAGUGAGCCCUCUACACUCCACAUCCCAUCAACGCCUACAACUCCCAUGAUGCCAUUUGCUCAGCUUUUGAGCACAAACAGUGAUGAUCAUCUCAGCAUCAGCGAGAGUUCAACGGCAGAAGAGGAUAACUUACGACAGCAGCUAAACACAACCCUCAAACGGGUUGAACACUUUACUGAGAUUACCAACGAGAACGAAGCAACAAUUCUACGGCUAACCGAACAAGCAAAAGUAUUGAAGGGUGAAAUUCGUCGACUAGAACGUAAUCAACAACGUGAAAAUGCGAUCUCUAAUUUAGAAUAUCUGAAGAAUAUUGUCAUCAAGUUCUUGACACUGCCAGUUGGUGAUGAACGUACACAAUUGAUACCUGUCAUCUCAACGAUGCUGAAACUCAGCGCAGAUGAGAAAACAAAGUUGCAGACUAUUGCUGAAGGAGAAGAAGGAGCAGCUGUUCCAGAGUCUACUGGUUGGAGUGGUUAUCUGCAUAGAUGGUCUGGUGGCAUGGCCUAGUGGUUGAAAUGGUUAAGAGCAUUGAUGGUCUGGUAGCUUGGCCUUAAGUGGCUAAAUUGGUUACCGCCAGAAAUUUAUUGCCUAGUUUUUUGGGGUAAUUAUUUGAAUACAUCAUCCAGUUAUGGUAUAUUUACCUGCAUGGACCAACUACAUGGCCUAGUAGUUGGGUGGUUACCUAUAUACAUGGUCCAAUUGUACAGCCUAUCUAUUCAGUUGCCCUGUGUAUGGUCAACUGUCAUGGCCCAGUGGAAGGAGAGCAGUUACCUAAAUAAAUGGUGUACCAAUUGAAUUAGAAUGUCAGCACAACAUACCAUUGCUCCUUCCAUAAUGACAUUUCUUGUCAAAAGUAUAAAUCUUCUAUCAAAAAGAAAGUUUAAUAUACCAAAUAUUAAUUAAUGAGUAUGUUACUAUAUUUAUUUAUAAAUACCGGUAAGAAAAAUUAAAUAUAUUGAUAAUAAUAAACCCAUCGAUAUCAGUGCCAUAUUUUUUGAUGUUACUAAUUUCGUCAUUUGGAUCAAGCUAUCAUGGUUCAGGAUCAGGUUAUACAUUCCAGACAAUAUUUUAUAGUUUCGUUGAGCUUUAGCGUAGCUGUUGCAUUGCACACCUUUCAAUACUAGGGUUCUAUGUUCAUAUCUUGUAAAUUCCAGAUAUGCUGCUGGAAUAGAAGAACGAACAUAAAUGUAGAGAUUAUGUUUUACCCUACCUGUUAUGUACUGAAUGCUCUGUACAUAUUAGGUAUCAUACUGCGGAAACAAAAUCUUGUUAGUGAUUUGAUCGAACCCACGACCUCCAGAAAACUAGCCUGGUGCCUUAACCUGUAGACCACCGAGCUUGCGUUUUAGUGGCUAGUGUUGAAUCCAAUCCCCAAGUAGCAGAGGGUACUGCAAUGUUAUUCCAAUGGUGUUUGCGUCGGGAGAUUUAGUGGGUUUGCCAUACCUGACGUGUCAUCGUACUAAAGUAAUUCAUUUGGGAAUUGAACCCACGACCGCCAUCAUUCUUAAAAAAAAUUUCCUGAUGAAAACACCCUCAGAAUAAAUAUGAAUGUCAUUUUUCUUUUUUAAAAAGUAAUUAAUAAUCUCAAGUAUUUGGAAUUACGGUAAUAGAUUCUUUUAAAUCACUGUUAUACAGAGAAUUUACUGAAUUAACCUAAUUAGAGUAGAAAGAUAGGCACUAACUAUAGGCUAGACAGACACACAAUUCGGAUUCAAUAUUUUGACUAUAUAUUUGUUUAUCCCAAGAAUAAAUAUUUAACUUAAUUAAUAUUUAAAUUAAAAUUAUGAAUUGAUAGGCAUAUUUAAGUUUCAUUAUUAUCACUUCACCUAGUGGAAAAUAGUGAUGGGGUGUGCAAGGAUUUGCCAGACGAGGGAUCUGAUGUCCCUGGUGGGAGCAUACAGUAAGUGGGUGGAGUCAGAGGCAAUUCAGAACACCUCAGAUACUGUAUAUGUAUAAUACUCACUGUGUUUUAUUGCAGUCCCAUAUAACAUGAGAGGUCAUAUUUUUUGUUAUCAUCAUUUUAAUUCUAUAAUAUGUUACAUUUUUUUCUACUGUAUUUAUAUUUUAUUUUUUAGGUUCAUCAGUUAAUUUCACUACUCUUAUGAAGCUGUACUAAUGUUCUGUAAAUUUGAGGUGGUUGGGAAUGAAACAGUGUCUAUUAGGUGUAAUUUUUUUUUUUUUAAAUAACUAUUUUAAAAAUUAUAUUUUGUUUAAUUUAAACCUAUGAUAAAUUUUGAAACAAAUAUUACAUGUUUUAGUUUUGCGUCACAUCAAUGAUAAGAUAUUUGAUUUCAGAUAUGAAUGUUGAACAUAAUAAAUACAUUGCACAGA